AAUAUUUUAAAUUACCAAAAGAGAAGUGAUAAACUUAUAACAGUGUGCUUACAAUGAGUUAAAAGAGUUAACGAUCAAUGGGUGAAGUACAUAUUAUUGGACAAAUUUGUGGAGCAUAUCAAUUUUUAGAAACAAAUUUAUUUUGUAAAUGGUCUAUAGAAACUGGAUCUGGAUGGAAAUUGUUAUCGGGUCCAAUACAAGGACAAACAUCUGUUAGUCGAUCAAAUUAUAGAAAAGCUAGUUAUUGGGGAUAUCCAAUUGAUGUACAUUUUGUAUCAAAAACUAUAAAAGGGUGGCCAAAAAUCAAUUUACAUAUCCAUCAUUUUGAUUCCUAUGGACGUAUACACUCAUUUGGAUACGGCCAAUUACAUCUACCUACAUCUCCAGGUCAUCACGAAUUAACUUGUUAUAUUUGGCGACCCAUAGGAACAAUUUUUCAAAGAGUAAUACAAUUUUUCUUAGGUGGAUCUCCACAAUUAUCGGAUCCAAACAGUAUUGGAUCACCAACCGAUCGUUAUCAGUUAAACACAGAAUCUAUGGGAAUAGUUAAAUUAGAAUUAUAUAUUGUAUUUCGUAAUUAUCAAGAAUUUGGGGUUGAAUAUAAAUAAAAAUGAUGGUCUAUUUUUU